AACAUAUCCGAUUUUAUUGCUUCACUUGUUUAUUUAGUCGCCCUGCUAGCCGUUGUGUUGUUGCCGUCGACACGUACUGGGCUUGCAACUCGUGGUUGGCGCGGCUGACUCAACAUCCAGCAUCUCAGAUCUUCACUCAGUAAUCCGUCCUACCAUGCCGUAGCAACGAGUCAACUUCAACACCAUCGCCUGCACACAAUCAGCGCCAACAUGCCAUCCGCCGUACCCAUCUCCGACGCCGAGAUCCCUCAUAACCCCCCCGAUCUCUCCCAGAAACUCCCCAAACUCACACCUCGAAGACGACCGCAAGCAGACCGAGAUCCAUCCAACCCGCCGCCUCCCACCCCAGCUUUACCCGCUGUACCAGACCUAAAAGACCAUGUCUUCUUCAAACCCACCCGGAGAAUCCUCUCCGACCGCGACCAUCAGCUAUUUUUGCAGUCCGACACGCACAAUCUCAUCGUCAGCUUCGUCUUUCACCUUUCGGACUCCGUGAGGGGCUCGACGAUUACCAAUGUGCAGAAAUCCGAAGCCGCAACGGAUCCCGCUGUGUUAGCAUUACUGGCUGUGUUGGAUGAGGCGGAGGAGCUGGUGAGACAAUCGCCGCCGGUGGACACGGGUUCGCGCUUUGGCAACCCGGCGUUUCGCGACUUUCUGCAGAAGCUGGACGAUGCACUGCCCGGUUGGCACUCCAAGAUCGGUGUGCAAAAUGCAGCCGCUCAGGCCGAGCUAUCGACGUACAUCUCGAAUGCAUUUGGCAGUGGAGUGCGGAUUGACUACGGCUCUGGGCAUGAACUCAACUUCCUCCUUUGGCUGCUAUGUCUACGCCAGCUGGGCGUGCUGCACGACAACGCAUUCCCGGCGUGCACGCUGCUGGUAUUCCCGCGCUACCUGCGCCUUAUGCGGAACGUGCAAAGUACGUAUUACCUCGAGCCAGCGGGCUCACACGGCGUCUGGGGCCUAGACGACUACCAAUUCCUCCCCUUCCUCUUCGGCGCCAGCCAGCUGGUAGACCACAAACACAUCCGCCCGCUGAGCAUCCACAACGAGCUCGUACUGGAAGAGUGCGCCAAAGACUACCUCUACCUCGACCAGAUCCAAUGGGUCAAUGCGACCAAGACGGUGCAAGGCCUGCGCUGGCACAGCCCCAUGCUCGACGACAUCAGCGCCGCCAAGUCGUGGUCGAAAGUCGAGGCCGGCAUGCGCAGGAUGUUCCUCGCCGAGGUCCUGGCCAAGUUGCCUGUUGCGCAGCACUUUCUGUUCGGGAGUCUAAUUCCUGCGGCGCCUGGCAUGGCGGCCGAUGCGAAGGAGAAGGUGGGCGAGGAGGAUGUGGGGGAGUUUGAGGUGACGGUGGAUGGGAUGAAGCACAUUCACAAUUCGAAUUCGUGGGGCGAUUGUUGUGGGAUUAAAGUGCCUAGCGCUGUGGGCGCGAGGAUGGAGGCGAGGAAGAAGGGCGAUGCGGGAGAGUUGAGGCGGUUGCCAUUUGAUUGAUGGGAUGCUGCUGCGCUUCCUGUAUCAAGUACUAUGACGAAUCUGUUUGACGGCCCGCAAUGCGACGACCACGACGUGAACGUUCUAUUUCGAAAUCGAUAUCUCAACAUUAAACGCCGUUGCCACAUUGAACCUCUGACGCGC